AGGCACAUUGUCAGCUCGCAGCAUUGUGUUGCUUCAACUUCAAUUCCUAUUGUUCUUCAUCACUCAUUUAUUGAAGAACACCAUUUCUACUCUUCCCUUCCAUCAUAUUCGUUGCUGAGCAACUCCGCCACAUACUUAUACCCACCUUCUCUACAUUCCAGCCACGCGUCUCUUGCCGGUCAACUGACGACAAAAAUCAUAGCCUUCGCGCUCAUCUCGAUCUUUCAGACUACCGAAAAACAAAACCUAUCUAGCUAUCAUGGUGGCUUUUAGCGCUGGUGCGCUCCUAUUGGCGCUGCGCGUCCUCAUCGCCGCCGCCCCUUCCACAGCUGCUCCCAUCGCUGCGCCAGCGCCACAAACUUCUGCACCGGCCGCAGCAGCUUCUGGCUACUGGUUUGCUGAUAUCCAGCGUCAGGGUGUUGCUCCUUACAAUGCCAACAAAGAUGCCUACAAGAUCUUCCGCAACGUGAAGGACUAUGGCGCCAAGGGCGACGGCACAACCGACGACACAGAGGCCAUCAACAAAGCCGUCUCUGAUGGCGCCCGUUGCGGGCAGGGCUGCGACUCUUCGACUACGACUCCUGCGAUUGUUUACUUUCCUGCUGGUGUAUACGCUGUCUCGGCGCCGCUCAUCCAAUACUACUACACCCAGUUUGUUGGCGACAUCAACAACCUCCCCACUCUCAAGGCCACGGCCAACUUCCAGGGAAUGGCUGUUAUCGACGCAGAUCCAUAUAUCGAGGGAGGCAAUGGCGCUAAUUGGUACACUAACCAGAACAAUUUCUACCGUCAGGUUCGCAACUUCGUCAUCGACAUCACUGCCGCCAAGGCCACCGCCGGUAUUCACUGGCAAGUCUCCCAGGCUACCUCUCUCCAGAACAUCCGCUUUGAGAUGGCCAAGGACGAGGCUGGCAAGGACCAGAAGGGUAUCUUCCAGGACAACGGCUCCGGUGGUUUUAUGACCGACCUUGUCUUCAACGGCGGUGGUGUUGGUGCUUUCCUUGGAUCCCAGCAAUUUACUACUCGCAACAUGACCUUCAACAACUGCGGUACCGCCAUCUACAUGAACUGGAACUGGCUUUGGACCAUGAAGAGCAUCUUCAUCAACGACUGCAAGGUCGGUCUCGACAUGGCGAACAGCCCCUCCAACCAGACUGUAGGCUCCGUCCUCAUGCUUGACAGCAAGCUCACCAACACUCCCAUUGGUGUGAACACCUCCUUCACUACGGACAGCAUCCCUACCACUGGUGGAACCCUCAUCCUUGAGAACGUCGACUUCACUGGCUGUGACUCAGCCGUCGUUGGCGCCGCUGGCAACGUCCUCGUCAAGGGUGGUAGCAAGGUUGAGGCCUGGGCUCAGGGUAACGCUAUGGCUGCUGGCGGUGCGCAGGGUCGCGUCCAGGGUGAUAUCAACAAUGGUCCCGCUAAGCCUGCUACUCUGCAGGGCGAGAACGGCUGGUUCGAGCGCAGCAAGCCCCAGUAUGGUGACGUUGCUGUCUCCAAGUUCGUCAGCCUCAAGUCCAAGGGCGCCAAGGGCGACGGAAACACGGAUGACACUGCUGCUAUCCAGGCUGCCAUUGACGGCCUCCAGGAUGGCGAGAUCCUCUAUGUCGACCACGGCGCUUACCUCAUCAAGAAGACCAUUGUCAUCCCCGCCGAGAAGAACGUCAAGAUCCAGGGUGAGGUCUACCCCAUGUUCUUCAUCACUGGCGACUUCUUCAGCAACAUGGACGACCCCAAGCCUGGCUUCCAGGUCGGCGCGAAAUCUGGUGACAAGGGCACCUUUGAGAUGAACGACGCUAUCAUCGGUACCCAAGGACCCGCUCCCGGCGGUAUCUUGAUGGAGUGGAACAUCAACGCCGAGGCUGGCAAGGCUGGUCUCUGGGACGUCCAUUUCCGUGUUGGUGGCUAUGAGGGCACCAAGCUCCAGUCUUCCAACUGCGCAAAGAACCCCAACGCCACUCACAGCGCGAACCCCGACUGCAUCGGUUCUUUCAUGCAGCUCCACGUCACCAAGUCUUCCAGCGGCUACUUCGAGAACGUGUGGCUGUGGACUGCUGACCACGAGCUCGACCAGGCUGAUCACGGCCAGAUUGACAUCUACAACGGCCGUGGUAUGAUCGUCGAGUCCCAGGGCCCUGUCUGGCUUGUCGGCACCGCCUCGGAGCACUCGCAGAUGUCUCAGUACCACUUCCAGGGCGCAAAGGACAUCUGGUACGGCGCGAUCCAGACCGAGACUCCCUACUACCAGCCUAACCCCAAGGCCGAUGUUCCCUUCACCAAGAACACCAAGUACUUCGACCCCGACUUCUCCGAGGGGCUGACAUCUGCCUGGGCCGUGCGUGUCAUUGACAGCUCCAGCAUCUGGAACUACGGCGCGGGUACCUACUCGUUCUUCAGCAACUACGACCAGAAGUGCGUUCCUGGCCAGAACUGCCAGGAGCACAUCAACGAGAUCUCCAACUCGACCAACGUCAACUGGUUCGGUCUGUCGUCCAAGGCGUCGGUCAACAUGAUCACGUCCAACGGCAAGGGCUUGGUCAAGGACGAGGACAACCGCAGCAACUUCUGCGCCACGCUCGCCAUUUUCGCGCAGCCGUAGAUGAUGCGUGGUGGUGCGUGUUCCGAGUAGUCGUUUUUGUUUCUUUCCCACUACGAUGGGCCUUGUUGACGUGGUUAUCUUGUCUGUGUACUUCUACCACUCGUCGAGAGUGGAAUCACUAGAAUGGCGAUGGAUAGCCGAGCAUAUCUUAUACCCCGGGUUGGAGUUUGGUUUUAGCAUAAACAUGUAGAUGGUCUGAAUUGAUCUGAGUUCUCUCAA